AUGGCUCAAGCAAAGAAGCUGAUGCGGUGUGGAGCGCCCGAAGACGCCCUCCUAAAACGCCGAAAAGAUCAACCGUUGUCCUCAAAGUCGCAUGGAGCGAAACGUCUGGAAUACGGAUACCGCGCAGGGAUUGCCAGUACUGGGUGGACCACUCAAGAGGGGCAGCAAACAUGGCUAUCGGAAUAA